AUGAAAACCUAAUCUUUGAAAAUUGCAAAAGAAGAAAAUGUCCUUCGCUUAACUAAUUUAAAAUAAUUAUAAUCCUCGAUAAAAUCAUUCAAAAAUUAAAUCAAAUCAGAACUUGGAAAAUUGCUUCAAUUAAUUGAUCAAUAAAUGGAAUAAAUCCAAAUUGAAAUUGAAUCAAAAGAAUCAAAGUUAGAAAUCAAAAAUUACAAUGAGGAAAUUCAAAUUCUAUCAAAAAAUUAUAUAGGAAAUUUUAAUUACAAUAUACCCAAAUAACUAUGUUACAAGGAAAAAGACCUAGCCCUAGUUUAAUUAAUCCAAGAAUCAAUUGAAUCUUAGUCUAAAUCAUAAUAUUUUAUCCAAAUUAUGGAAUCCAUAAAUUUAAUAAGAUCUAGUGAACCAAUUAACCAAUAAGCAAAUAUUAACCAAAUACCUACAAAGGAAUUUGAUUAACAUGUAACUUAUGAUAAAAAUAUUAGAAAACUCCUUGUCUUAAUUAGAUAUGCAAUAAGCAUAACAAAGAAAUAAUUAUGUUAAAUAUUAAUUAUAACGAGCCUAAAUUUAGUCGAUUAGCCUGUGUGGAAUGUAUUCAAGAAAAUCCGAUAUAAUACGUUAGCUUAAAAGAGGCGAAUAAUAUGUGGAAUACCUUUAUUGGAUAAUCAGAAGAUUUAAUUUCUAAACAUAAUUGUAGAAGAGAAUAAAUGUUUAAAUUGGUUAUAGAAGAAAUUAAAUAACUAAAAGAUUAUUAUAACCACUCAUUAUCGGAAAUGUUAUCUUCUAUAGAUGAACAGUUUGAAAAAAAUAAUUAAGAGAUUUAAGAUUUCCUUAAAUAAGAAAAUAAAUAAAUAUUUGAAUUAGAUGAAAAAUCAGUUGAAAAGAUGAUUGACUUGUUAAGUUAAUAGGAUAAAAAUAAACAUAUACUUUAGCAAUAGGAUAAACAAGAUAGACUUGAUUAAUUAUUUUAUCAGAAUGUUAAAUCAAAAUUAGAAACCCUGAUCAAACAUGAUUUGCUUUGCAAAUAGUAAUUAAUGUUAAUUUUGUAAGAAUAACAAAGUAAUUUAAUUUUAUUUAUUUUAGAUAAUAAUAACAUAGGAAAUAAUUUGCAAACUGAUAUUAAAAUUACUCCUGAAAUAAAUGAAUUUAUGUCUAAAUGUUAACUUCAGGAAUAAUACUUAAAAAUAUUUACUGAAUCAACUAAUUUUUAAAAAGAAUUAUAGAAAGAAGCAUCUCAACUUGAGUAAAAUGGCGUUCUUUAAUAAUUAAUUAUAUUGGAAGAAUAAAAUGAUACAGAAGAUUCUCAAUGUUCUCUAUUCUAAUAACAAUAUAAAUAAUAUGAAAUAAAUACAGAAAAAAUGAGGAAAUUGAUAGAAGCUGAUGAAAAUGAGAAAUAAUUAUUGUUGGUUACAAAAUAAAAAGAAGAAUUGCAAAUUAAAAUUGAUGAGGAAAAAUAAGAAAUUAAAAAAAUUUAAGAAAAAAUUGUUGAGUUAGAAGAGAAUAUCAAAUAGAAAUUCCUCUAAUAAGAAUAAGAGUAUGUUCAAUAAUCUAAUGAGGAAAAAAUGUAAAAUAAUCAACUAAAGCAAAGUUUAAUGGAAUUAUCUCAUUCGAGCGAAAUAAGAUUGGAAUAAUUAUCUAAUAAGUAAAAUUAGUUGAAUUAAUAAAUGGAUGAAGUAUAAUCAGACUUAAAAGAAAGAGAAAAAUCCUCAAUAGUCUCAGAUAAGUUAGAAUCAUUAAAAAAUACUUUAGAAACAUAACUUAUCACAGUUGAUUAAAAGGUUGAAAAGCUUACUGAAACUAUUAAAGAAGUAGAUAAUUAAUAAUCUAUAUAAACUUAAUAAUAAAAAGAAGUACUAAUGUCAAAAAUAAAUGACGAAAUAAGCACAACAAAUUCUUUAAUUGAAAAUUAAAAUUUAAAAGUAGAGGAAUAUUUUGAAAAAAAUGAAUAACAGUUAAAGUCUCUUUCAAAGGCAAUAGCAGAAGAGAAUUAAGUGCUGUUAAAUGAUUUAGAAAAAUAAAAUAAAAAAUAGAUAAAUUAGUUGGAGGAUAAGAUUAACAAUUAAAGUAAUUUAUUACAAAAAGUGAACACUGUGGUUUAAGAAAAUACAAAAAAUUCAAAAAAACAUGAAGAAUUGUUAAAAUUUCGGUUCCUUUAAUGUAGAUAUGAUCUUUAUGAUUAGGAGGAUACAAAAUAAUUUUUAAAAUAAUUAUUUUUUGAAUAGAAGCUUGAUUAGAUAUUAAAACCAAAAUUACUAACUGAUGAUUAUUGGAUAAAAAUAUUUUAUAUUUUAUAGGAGAAAACGAAAAAAACCAUUAAGGGUUCCAAGGAUAUAUUUUUAGGGACUAGGGAUGGGUUAACUGCAUCAUAAUUUUGGGGAAAAGCUAAUAAUUUAUGCAAUUUAUUAAUGGUAUUUAAAUCAAAAAGUGGAAAUAUUUUUGGAGCCUACUCGCCUUGUACAUGGCAAUCUGAUAAGGGAAAUGUUGGAGACGAAACCUUAUCAUCUUUUAUAUUCUCAUAAACCCAUAAUUAAAUUUAUUCCUUGAAGGAUAGGACUAAAGCCAUUUAUUGUAAAAGUGAUUUUGGGCCUUCUUAUGGUAAUUAUAAUGAUAUUGAUAUUCGUGCAAAUUUUAAUGAUGGUGAGUGUGAUUUAGGUUGUGAAUACGAAUUUUUGAGAGGAGAUAAUUAUAAAACUCAUCUGUCUGGAUCAGUCAAACCAGAAAUAUAGGAAUGUGAAAUAUAUCAAAUAUUAUUUGCUUGAGGC